AUGGUGCAGGGCAUUAAUGAGAAGAUUCUAUCACUAAAUUUCAAGGAAUUUAAAGCAGAGAUAAAGACUGCAGAUGCUCAAAAAUCAUACAAGGAAGGAGUGACUGUUUUGGUGACUGGAUGCUUGACUGGCAAGGAUAACUUAAGAAGAAAAUUUGCACAGUCAUUCUUUCUUGCUCCACAAGACAAUGGCUAUUUUGUUCUGAAUGAUGUUUUUAGGUAUGUAGAAGACCAUGAACCAUCAGAACUGCCUCCAGUUACUGGAGAUGGUGAUGCAGCUGCUGUUACAGUAACACCAGAACCAGGCAAGAUUAUAAUUCAAAAUUUUUUUAUCUUCUCUUUCAAAAUUUAUUCAGGAGUUGGAUUCAUGUUGUUCUCCUUCUUUACAGAACCCAGUCAUUUUGCUAAUUCUUCUGCACCAGACCCCACAAAUUCUCAUGUGAACAAAGGUCAAACUGUUGCUGAGAAUGCUUAUGAGCCAUCUAAUCAUCAUGAGAGACACAUACCUGUUGAGAAUGUCGACAAUGUAGAACCACAUUUUCAGUCAAAUGGUAAUGAUGAUUCUCAGGCCACAGAAUUGGCUUCUUCAGCUCAAGAGAAGAAGUCUUAUGCAUCUAUUGUGAAAGUCCAAAAAGAGGGUUCAGUUGCAACUAAAGUGUAUGUGCAAACUAAUACACUGAAGUCAGGGCCUAACAAAACUGAGAACAAGGUAGUUGAGUCAGUAGAAUCUACUGAAGUGUCUGAAGCAGCUUUGGAUAGUGUUAACAACCCUGAAAGUAGUGAUGCUCAUGAGGAAGUUGAGGGGCACUCCAUUUACAUUCGAAAUUUGCCUUUAAAUGUGACGGCUGCUCAGUUGGAACUGGAGUUUAAGAAAUUUGGGCCCAUCAAGCCAGGAGGCAUCCAAGUCAGAAAUAAUAAGUUGAUUAUCAGGUCAACAAUGCAUUCAAAUUACCCUUUUGCUUUUUCUUCAGUCCUAAUGAAGUUUUGUUUAAAGAAUGAGACACAUACCACACCAAAAACCAGAGCAACUACUAAUAACAACCAUUUAUGGGUCAAAGAGGCAAUUUAUAUGGUCACCAUAAGAACAUAA